GACGAAAGUGACGGAUAAGCGUUACAAACGAGAAGAUUGUUACCGAUUUGUUUUGGAUUCACGGUGCACAGGAAAACAGUCGCAAAAUCGGAGUUGAUAAUAAUCAUUUCGGUAUCGGAUUAUGAAUAUAAUUCCUAGCCUACGAGCAACGCUACCCUCCAACCUGCAACUUAUAACCGUGUUCGGAUGUAACGCAGUUCGCACGAUGGCCGCAACCGCCCAGCACGAAAAACCUAUCGAAACCGCAAUCCAUGAUGGGCUUAAUGCGAAGCUUGCCCCGAUACACCUGGAGGUAGUCAACGAGUCCUACAUGCACAACGUACCCAAGGGUUCGGAAACCCAUUUCAAAGUGCUGGUGGUAUCCAACCAAUUCGAUGGGCUACCGCUGAUCAAGCGCCAUCGAUUGGUCAACGAGAUCGUCAAGGAGAAACUGGCCGGAAAUUUCGUACACGCCCUAUCCAUCGAAGCCAAAACGCCCGCCCAAUGGGACGAAUCGUACAAGUUGGAACCCAGUCCCAACUGCCGGGGCGGUUUCGGCAAAUGAACGUUCGGAAUGGAAUAAAUUUAGUUUUGUUAUGUUAAAUACUUACAGCUACUGAACGAUGAGAUGUUUUAUUUACACGCGGUAUGAAUCGAACUAAAGGCUAUACGUAUCCAGA